AUGUAUUUGCAGCGUUCGGCUGAAUUCUAUCCAUCUGAAAGUAUACGAUUAUUGACUGAAAAUGAUGCAUUGGAAUAUAUUCGAAAAGUUAAAGCGUUAUUCGACGACGAAAUGGAUCGUGCUAAUUUAUAUUUUGAUCAAUCAAUAAAACACCGUUUCGUUCAGUUAUUAGUGGAAGAAUUUAUCAAUAAACAUCGAAAACAUUUGGUAGAAAUGGAAAAGAAGCACAUUGGUGAAAUGUUGAAAACAAACCAAUAUAAACAAUUGGAGAACAUUUAUAAAGAUUUUCAAGCCGUACCAGAAGGUUCAUCGAUUAUCAUCGAUUGUAUUGGCGAAUAUAUACGUCAAACUGAUCUUGAAAACAAAAGCUUUCGUUAUUUUGUCGAAGAUUUCAUUGAUUUGAAAGAUAAACUCGAUGGAUUUUUGGGGAAAAUUUUUAAUUUUGGUCCAGUUAUCGUUCAAAAUUUUGAUUGUGACUUCGAAUACUUGAUGGAAUUGAAUCCAAAUAGUGAAGAAUAUCUGGUGUCAUUUAUCGAUGAAUAUUUAGAUGACGAACAAAAUGAUUCCAUUCAAAAGUUGACAAAAGCAAUUCUUCUAUUACGUUUCCUGAAAAUUGAAGGUCUUUUUGAACAAUAUUUCAGUCGUUUGAAGGAAAAAUCGGUUUUCAAUCAACUGUUUCAAUCAAAUCAAUAUGAAAUCCUUUCAAUCGUUUAUAGAAAUUGUCAACAAAUGCCAAAUGUUCGUUCUACGUUGAUCGAAUCAAUGAGUCAUAACUUACGUCAACGAGGCCAAUCAUCGAUGACUUCAUUCAUGAAAGAUCUUGUGGAUUUAAAACACAUAUCCGAUGAAUUUCUUAUGAAAUCUUUUCGUUAUGAUCAUGAAUUCGUCAAACAGAAUGACUCCGAUUGGAAAUAUCUCGUAAAUUCAAAUGGAUCUUUUCCUGAACAUGCUUCCUUAUUCAUUAACGAUCAAAUGAAAAAUAAUGACGUCGAGAAAGCCGAAAAACUACUCGAUAAAGCCAUUCAACUUGUCGGUUAUUUAAAAGAAGAAAAUACUUUUCGGGAAUAUUAUCAACAACAUUUAGCAGAGCAUCUUCUUUCCAAUCAAUCGAUCUCAUCAGAUCUGGAAGAUUAUACGUUAUCAUUACUGAAGAAGAAUUUCGGUAACUUUUUCAUAUCCAAAUUCGAGUGUAUGCUGACGGAUAUUGUCAUUUUAUCAAAAUCAUUGAACGGAGAUUUCCGAACUCAUACAAUUCAAAACAGACCCGAUUUACACGGCAUUGGUUUAACUGUAAACGUUCUGAAAACGGAUGUUUGGCCAAUUUCUCCUUUGAACAACGGAUGCACUCUGCCAUCAACAGUAGACGAUGCCUAUCGAUGUUUUCAAGAUUUUUAUGUGAAAAAACACCCUGGUCGCCGAUUAAUGUUAUUGCCACAAAUAGGUUCAGCAGAUUUGAAAUUAAUGAUAAAUCAACGAAAAUAUCUUCUUCGAGUAUCAACAUAUCAAAUGACGAUUUUAAUGUUAUUUAACCGAAGAAACAAAUGGACACUUGAUGAAAUCCUUCAGGAAACAGAUAUAAACAAAGAUGACGUCGAAGAGGCAUUAAUACCAUUAAUUAUCAAUAAAAAGAUCGGAAAUAUUCUGGUAAAACAGCCACAAAAUGAAACAAUUUUACCGGAUGAUCAAUUUCUCGUUAAUGAUCAGUUUAUAUCGGAACAUAUUUACGUGAAAAUUCAUUCAUUGAAUGUCAAACUGAACAAGAAAUUAAGACGUGAACAUAUUGAAGUCAAACUUCAACGUGAGCACGAGAACGAAAUCCGUGCUGCGAUUGUACGAAUUAUGAAAUCAUCUGGUACGAUGGCACACAAUCAGCUUGUUACUCAAGUCAUAGAAUCAUUGAUAUGUCGUUUUACACCAAAUUCUGAGUCAAUUGAACGAGAAAUAAAACGAAUAAUUGAAACAGAGUAUAUUUCACAAUCGAAUGAUGAUCGAAAAACUUACAACUACGUUGUCUGA